UCCAACCAAAUUUCCAUUCUAUCCAGGGAAGCCAAUGCUUCCCCUGCUUCUGAUUUGCUGCUCUGAUAGGAGCUCAAAAUUCAUUGAGAACUGGUGAAGUGACAGCAAUUCCCAAUUCUUCUGCUAAAUGUCCAUUGCUGAGUGUCCUCCCCAAUGCCAGGAACAAUCCAAGUUUCAGUUUUGGAAUUCAAGGAGCUUUCAUCUUCAUCACCACCCUCCUCAGUUUCUCUUAAAGUUUCCAUGGGGAAGACAGUAUACCAAACUUGGGAUAAAGGAGAUUUCACAUUCCCCUUGACAACCUUUCGAGACGAUUUGGUUGUUAUGCUUCAGGAUGAUGAGGGGAAUGAAAUUUCUCAUACAGGUGUUAAAACCACAUUAAUAGUUGAAAAGGGCUCCUGGGAUGACAUAUUUCAUCUUGAAGGAGGGGGUUAUGUCCACAUGAAGUUGCAGUUCAUCCUCAGUGAAGAUGAACGCAACCGCAUUCGCAAUGUGAGAGAAUCUGCUAUGAGAAAGAAGCAAGACAGAAUUUGUGGUAUAGCAGAAACUGCCACUGCUGUCAGGGAUUUUAAGAGGGAGCUUUCAGAUAGAACUGAAGGAACUUCAUCUUCUCCCAUGAGACAAGAGGAUGAAGUACCUCUUCGUGAACAUGACAGACGGUCACCUGCAGAGAAGCUUGAAACUCAAUCAACGCCAAGCACUGCCCUCGUAGGACCAAUUUCUGAGCAGCAUGCUCAAUCUAAGUUGCGAGUCUUGGAGAUAAAUGCUGCUGCGGGGACAACAUUAGGAUUCCAGAAGAAAGGCGACAACAAAUCUAGUAAACCUGAAGGACAGGUAUCUGGGAAAACAUCUAGCAGUGUUAGAAAAAUGAUAAGUGCCUUUGAAACGAGUUUAUCUCAGCAGGAAAGAAGGCCACUCGCGAAAACACAAGCAUCAAAAUCUCAACCGAACAUAGUUGGAAUGGGUGGUUCUCUAAAGGAUCCUCUUGUUUCCAAGACUUGGCAAGAAACCCAAACUAAUACAGGGAAAAACGGGGAGAGUAGUCGCACUGCUCUGAACCCAGUUGGCAUUAAACCAUCUUACUCCUAUAAAAAUUUGGAGUCAACUGCAACAACCAUCAGCUCUAAAGGAAAUUCAAGUAUUAAGAAUAGCUUAUCCAUUCGGGAAAGUGGCACUGUCUCUGGGAGAACAAAUAAAGAUCAUUCUGCUUCAGUUGCAGAGAAAAAAGGAAGAGAACUUGGCUCGGAUAUUUCACGAGCAAUUGAUUUUCAAAGAGCAGCUUCGAAUGAAAAACUUAAAUCAUUAGCUUCUGAAAGCUCUGGUGCAUGGAUAUUCCCAGAUAAUAUGAGGCAUCUGUGUAUAACCACUGCAGGUAAAGAGGUACUAAAUUUCUUGGAAGAUAGCAGUACAGAAGUUAAUGUUCAUCAAAGUAAGAUGAGGAUCUCCUUGCAAGGAAAGCAAGAUUCUCUGCAAGGGACUGAUCCCACGAUGAAAGGCAGCGAAAAACUACACAAGCCAUAUGAAGGCUCAGAAAAACAUGGCUCUUCUGGACCAUUUGGACAGGUACUCAAAAUUGCGGUGAUCAUAGGCUUUGGAAUAUUUGUUCUGCUCAAUAGACAAAAAGAAACCAGGACAAGUGAGGCGAGAUCAAAGGAUAGAAACUUCGCCACCGCCCCAGAUUACAUGGAUCGACUAACUCCUUCAGAAGAACAAUGGAGAACUUUAAUGGAAAAGGAGGACUAAAUAUGUUGAGAUCUUUUAUUUAGGAAGGUUAUGUAUGUUGCCCCAAGUCAGAGAGAAUAAGUUUUGUAAUUCCUACUGAUAUCUGCAAAAUUUCAAAACUCUCUUUUGUCUGUCAAUAAAACACACAAAUCAAUUUUUUUUUAAAGAUUUAUGUAUAAAUUGGAAAGUAAUUACGAAUGCUCAUCAAAAUAAAAUUUUAUGAUAUUUGAAUCAA